AUGUUAAUAAUAAUAAAUAUAGUAGAUAAUAUAGUAAUAAUAACAAUAAUAACAAUAAUAACAAUAAUAACAAUAAUAACAAUAAUAACAAUAAUAUUAAUAAUAAUAAUAAUAAUAAUAAUAAUAAUAAUAAUAAUAAUAAUAACAAUAAUAAUAAUAAAUUUCAUAAAUGCAAUAAAAAAUAAAAAAAAAUAACCUUAAAUUUAAUUACCUUAAAGAAUAAUACAGAAUAAACAUUUUUAAUUAAUAGAGACUGAAAGUAAUUAUAAAAAAUCUUAUUAAAAUUUGAUUUAUUUAAAAAAAUAUUAAUAGAAGUACAAAUUGAAGAAUAAUAAGCUUUAAAAUAAAAAUAAUCUUUAGAUUAUAUUAAAAUAGAUGAAGAACAAAUAUAAGAUUUAUAAAAAUAAUCUCCAAAAAGGAAAUUUUCAAAAUAAAAUGAGUGUUCUACUUCUGAAGAAGAGAAAUAGGAUGUAUUAGAAGGUGAAUUAAGUGAAGAAAAAUAAAAAAAAAUUAGAAAAAAUGAUUAAUUUAUAUAACCUAUUUAAAGUGAAGAGACAUAAGAAUAUGAAAGUGAGGAAGAUUAAUUAUCUAAAACUGCAAAAACUUUAUUUUUAGAAGAAUUUAGUGAAAAUAUUAAUAAUAAUAGCAAUAAAUAGACUCUUCAACGUAAACUAAGUAAUUAAUUAAGAAGAAUCUGAUGAUUUGAAAAUUUCUGUGUAUUCUGUAUAGAGUAAUUAUUUUUCAAGUGGUAAAUAAUGCUCUCCUUCUUUAUUUAUGAAAAAUAAAAGAAAAUAAAUGAGAAAUAGGAAAAAUAAUAAAAGAAAUAUUGAAGUGAUAAAAUUAUAUAAAAAACAAAUUUAAAAUGUUGUAGAUUUACUUAAUUAAAAUCUUAAUCCGGAAAUAAGAAAUUUAAUUUAAGAAUACCAAAAUUAAAAAGAAAUGGACUUUAAACUUAAUAAUAAAAAAACUCUAUAUUGGAGAAUCGAGCAAGCUGUUUAAACUAUAAAUAAUUUGAAAAUUUCAUGA